GGUGGAUACCAUAAAUAAAAACUAGCUUACAGUUAAAGAUGUUUGGUCCGAGGUCCAUCCUACGAUUCAAUAGGCCGUUUGUCUUACUAUUCUUAGUGCUUGUUGUUAUUUAUUUUUGGAAUAGACCAGUUUUAAACCCUCCUUCACCUCCAUUUGAUUUAAUCCAUCAACGAAGCUAUUUCAUCAAUCCCAUAUACCUGAAAUGGAUGAUCCAGGGACCAAAGUCCAGGCCAAACAUAGCUGAACUAUCUCAACCCCAGAUAUGUUCUCAAUACUUCCAUGAUUUGUCCAAAUUAUAUCCUAGUGGUGAAACUAUUGUCGAUCUCGAAGCUACAGUUGCCCAAGUUACUGAUCCGUUGAUCUACAAGAAAAAUUCCUGGAUUAGAGCUAAAGAACUGGAAGUCAAGAGAAGUUCAACAAAGAGAUUGACUGCAGAAGUUGAACAACAACUUGAACAAGACUUUAUAAGAGAAUCUCAGAAGCAGUCAAACUUGGAGAAGUCAAUCGUUAACCAGUUCAAUCAUAUGAGAGUAUUUGGGAAAUGCUUCUUAGCUGGUGAGUCUGAUGAACAGGAAAGUAUAGAUAACAAGUUGUGCAUGGACUUCCAAACCCAGUUGUAUCCUUGGAUGUCGGGAAAAUUCCCAAUUUAUGAAAAUUGGAAGAAUGAAAAAUUACCACAAAACACUGUUCCUAUAUUUGACAAGAGCAAACAAAUCAAGAACUCUGCCUGUUUUAUUCAACAAUUUAAACAAAAUAGCAAUGGUAAGGGUAUCGUGAUCCCCUUCCAUCCUACUAAAGGACAACCGCGUGAUAAACAAAUAGACAAUAUUAGCAGGAUAAUUAAAGUCCUUAGGGCUUUAAAGAACAGGAAACCAAUCCAAAUUGUUCACCUUGAUACAUUAACUCGUCAGGAAAAGAAGUUGUUGGUUGAUGCAGCCAGAACGGAAAUUCUAUAUCGUGUGGUUACUGAUGUUCACUAUCCUCAACAGAAUCUCUGGUUUGUUGAUGUUAGUCCUGUGAAAAACACACAACAGCAUCCAGUUAUGGUUAAACAAUAUUUAUUUAAUAAUAUUAACUUUGUUGUUUCGUUGAGCAUGAUCUUCAAUUCAUUUGAAGAAGCAAUUAUUAUGACAGAACAUGCACUUCCUUUGUUAGAAAAAGCUGAUUACUUUAAUGAUCAAAGGUAUAAAGAAACUGGGUUACUCUUUUUCAAAAGUCCUACAAUCUACUCCAAAAGACCUAAAAGAUUCCCUCCUGGGUUCCAUGAAGUCACUAGUUUGGUGAAACAGUUUUUAACACCAAACGAUUUUGAUAACCAUUAUUUUGGUCUCUUCAAACGAGAUGAUGAACUGCUUGCAACUGGUCGUUUCUUUCUUGAUAAUUUCCAAGAUAUCCUUGAUCCAUCAAUUAUGGCAAUCAACAAAAACAUUGCAUUCUCGGGAUUGUUAAUCUCGGCAAAUUUCCAGUUACACAACACUUUAACCAUCAGAUUCAAGACCAAGAACAACAUAUUCACUCCUGACUUCAUCUGGGUAAGUCAAGAAAUGGCGGGUAAUCACAAUCUGAUUUCAUUCAACCACAAUCAAGCUGUUGCUGCUGGUAUAUUUACCCCACCAUCAAAUUUGCCCAAGGAUGUAACUCAGUCGCAAGAAAUAUGCUCCUCAUCAUGGGGACAACUUUCUGAUGAUGAUGAUGUAAGUUUGCUUUACGUCACCUCUCACCAGCUACAAAAUUGGCGAAACGAAGGAGGCGAACACUUUAAAGAAUUACUAAAGGACAAAUAUAAAGUUACAUCUACGGAAAUGGUAAAGAACAUGUUUAAUAACGAUGAAAAUAACAAGGUGGAAAUGGAACGGGAAAACAAUGAGAUUUUCGAUAAUAAACUUACAUCAAAUCCUAUGACUAUAGAGGCAAUAAUUAGACCUCCCACAAUCAACCUGCCUGUUUAUGUUCAUGGAUAUAAUGAGCCAAGUGAAGCAUGGGUGGAACCCGAGGGAUUCCAAGAAGGUAUUCUUCAUCCGUAUUAUUGUGUCUAUGACACUGUGGGUAAUCCAUUGCGAGAGGGUGUUAGAGGUACUAUAGUCAAUAUAGGUGACGAAAUGAAGGCAAGGUUAAAGUUUUUGUUGGAUGUAUGGUUUGAAGAUAUUCAAGAAGAGGAUUAAUAGAAUUAUAGAUUUUUUAUAGAACAAAGUAUAUUAUUUCGCAACAAAAAAAAAAA